UUUACACUGACACACGACGACGGAGCCUCUCCUGCAGCGCGCGAGCGCACACUAACACACCGCGAAGGUGCUUUGGGAAUUCUGCAGCUUCUCCCAAACAUCUGGAGGUCGUUUUUCAACAUGUAAUCGUUUUACAAGGAACCAACGACAGCAUGCUUCGACUCCACCGGACUUUGGCCUUGUGCUUCUGGUGUCUAAUUCUGCUUCACGAGCAGGCCUCAGCUGAUGAAGAGGGCCUCUGGGGACCGACACCUUCCAGAGAAAAGCCAUCUCAAAAGAAAUCCAGUUCGUACUGGUGGAGUCUGCCAAAGCUCCCGUCUCUUCCUUCACUGCCGUUUCGUCUGCCUUUUUAUCCUGUUGGGGGUAAAAGUCAGCCCACAGAAUUGAACACAACCGGCCAUGACCUGUCAGGCCCAAUCGAUCAAUCCGGGUCUGGAGAUGGGAUCAUAUCUGAAGCCUCUGAACUUCCCACGACUUCUGCUCAGCUCCUAACCGGCGUAACUGAGAUAAUGACGGAAAGUCUUCCAGCAGGAACAUCACAUUCUCCACGCAGCAGAAAUGACAAAGAAACUCUUGUUGCAACCGUUACAACACAUAUCAGAAAUACUCAGAGUCCCACCAGCUCAAGCACGCUAGGACAAAAUGGAACACAGAGACACCAUCCUUCUGACACAAAUGAGUUUUUACAGAAACUGUCUACAACAAUGGCACCGGAAAACACAGUUGCACCCAUCAAGACAACAACGAACACUCGAAUGGGAAUCACAAACAACCCAACCACGACGUCCCCUGACACCACUUCGGUGAAAGCACAAGACUCAGCAGAAAGUCAACCCACUCAGAGCACCAGUUUGGGGACCACCACCACCACCACUGCCAGUGGAAAGAUUACUGCCCUGAAAGCAGAAGACUACGGAGAUCCACACCACACACGCACCAUGGAUGACUGGCUGCAUAAAAGUGGAGGCCAGAAUGACCCAUUUGACAGAACUAAGGCGGAUGAGAAAGAUGCGGCCCCGUACGGUUAUACAACGGACGUUUCAUCGCCACUAACAGCGUCUCAACCAGGAGAAACCGUGGAGAGUUCACAAAAACUUCAAACAGAGGCCUGGGUGUCAAACCUGACGACUGGGGCUGUCACGUUCCUUCCAGACUGCAAUAAAGAACAACCCGGGGCCUGCAACUUCUCGGGGGACUGGGAAUCGACGUCUUCGGACAUGAAGACCAACACGAGCACAAACCAAUCGAGCAGCACUUCUGUAUUCUCGUCUCCUCUCAUGUUGGUUCCGUUAUACACGGACUGGAACAGCGCCAUGGCAGCCUGGGGCCUAGCAUGGGAGGCGCACGUGUAUGGCGCCGGUUGCAUCUUUGCGAUGCUAACGCUAGCAUCAGCCCUAAACCUUCUCUGCUUGCCUUUGAGGUGUCCAUCUGGUUGUGGCUAUUUUGGUCUGGUCAGUCUGUUUCUACUGGCCGCCGGGGGUACCAGAUCCUUCUCGCUAUUAUACGACGCAUACGGCCACCAGGACCGCUUGCCGUCCACCGCGGCUUUGUUGAUGCUCUACGAGGCACCGUUCCCUUGCCUGACGGCGGCAUUCGGCUUGGUUUUCCUUCUGCUUUCCAUGCGCUCAAGGAUGCAGCUGUCCUACUCUGCCUUUCAAAGACCCUGCUUCUUAGCCUGUUUGGUUGCCUUGCACUUUGCUGCUGCCUUCGGUCCAGGAACCCUUCUGAGGUUCUACCAGCAGAAACCUUCGCUUUGCCUGUUCCUGUCGCUCAUCUCCCGGGGAGCUUUUGUAGCCCUUGCCACCUUCCUGUCCAUCGCUUAUUUUGUAUUCUACGUCUACGUGCGAGCAGACUCCAAGCACAUCUACCACCUGAACAACACUUCUCCCACCCCAGCCGAGCGCUACAAUCGUUGCCCGUUCGCCGAGAGCCGCGACUGGGAUCGCGCAGCCGUUACGGUUUUUUUAUCUGCAUUGUUUUGUUUGGCCUGCGCGGGACUUCAGCUGUACGCUAUCCUCAAUGCUACGGGGGUCACCGGGGGAGAAGAAGUCUUCCGCCCGUGGUGCUGGUGGGCUUUUCAAUUCAGCUGCAGACUGUGUGAACUGGGUGUUUGCCUCACCCUGGCGCUGGUAGUGGCGCUACCCGUCUACUGCUCUGAUCAGCUACCGUCAACCGGAAGCUGUUGGACUGAACUGCUGGCAUCUAAAGCAGUAAUCCUGCCAGGUAACUGCCAGUGGAGCUUCGGCCAGCAGGAGAAACUUGCCAUUGUGGACACGGUCGGCCUUGGCGAGACAGAGAGCCUUCCUCUCUACACACUGAUGGACGAUAGGUUGUCUAGCAGUCUAAAUGGGCUGGACUUCCUGUACCAUAGCAACAGGGCGCUGGCCUAUCGAGAUCUUGAAGUAAAUUCUGACAUCAAGGACUCGCAGAAUCUUGGUGGUGGAGAGCCGUCAGGUGGAUCCUCCUUCACGAGUGACUCUACAACAGACCUGAGGCCGCCUUCACCCAUCAAUCUACGUCGCAGCAUCGACGAGGCGCUCUUUGGCGAGGCGCUUUUUCCCAUGAGCCUCUUUAGCACAACCAGGCCCACGGAGAGUAGCGACUUAUCCGUUAACAACCACUCCGCACUUCCCGGCCUCUGUCAUCCCCUCUCAGAUGAUCCCGCCCUAUACCGGACCUCCUCUUGCACAGACAUAUCAAAAGCAGGAAAGAUUUUUGUCCGGGGUCCUCCAUCUCCAUCCCUGUCCUCUUCCAGUUGCUCGUCUCCAGAGCGCUGGAGGGGGAGUUCCUCGUCCAGCUCCCCGUAUCGAGCCUCCAUUGGGAACUCAUCACUGGUCCUCUGUCAAAGUCCAGAAGCACAAAUUCGGCAGCAGAGCAACUCGCAGAAGCACUACCAAACGCUGGGCGCCGCCUCGCAGGAGAGCCUGGACCUGGAUAUGUCAUCUGAGGCCGACCGAUCGGUGCAGGAGGAGUUUAUGAGCGCUUGCAGACAAAUUGAUGCUCUCAGUAUCUGCAGUGAGACCAUUGAUUUGUGAUGGACUUGAUGUGGGGACUUCAUGAGGAACGGUCAAGGUUUUUUUAGGAUGGCAGCUUUACAAGUGCAUGGGGUAAAUGAAAGCUGCCAAACAACACAUUUAAUAGGAGCUUCCUUAGAAGGUCAUUAGCGAAUGUCAAUGCAGGUUUAAGUGCCAAAAUGUCCAAAAACAACGAGUAGUUCUUAAGUUUUACACUUUUUCUGCCUAAUAAGACAAAAGAAAAUUGUAAAGAAUAGUCACAAUAACAUACCUAACUUAAUGAUGGUUAUGUAUUACUGCAUUUGUGUAUUAGCAAGCACUUAAAAAAGAAACCUGCUGAAGUUCAGCACAAAAGUGAGUAAACUGCGUCCUCUGCUGGCCAUUCCUUUAAAUAUUUAUACAUGAACUGCAAUCCUCUGCUUACUAAUUUAUAUAUGCGAAAUGCAUACAC